AAUGAGGGGCAAUCACCAGAGUCGCCAGAGGCUGAGGAAGUCCUUUCACCAGCAUGUCUGAGAGACACGUGCCCCUCUCGUUCCUGCGUCACCCGAGCUGGGACCCAUUCCGGGACUGGCAUCAUGGAAGCCGCCUCUUUGACCAGUCUUUUGGUAUGCCUGCCAUCCCCGAGGACUGGCACCAGUGGCCCAGCACGUACUGGCCCGGCUAUCUUCGUCCCCAAGUGUCCACCUCUGAGGUAGGGGCUUCUGCUGGUCCUCUCAGCCCCUUCCACCCUGCAAGUAACCCCACAACUCCGCUGCUGUCCCCCUAUUCUCGUGUCCUGUCCCGUCAACUCAGCAGUGGCAUCUCUGAGGUCAAGCAGUCACAGGACCAGUGGAAAGUUAGCCUGGAUGUCAACCACUUUUCCCCUGAGGAAUUGGUUGUGAAGACCAUGGGUGGGGUGCUGGAGAUCACCGGGAAGCAUGAGGAGAGGAGGGAUGAGCAUGGAUUCAUUUCCAGAUGCUUCACCAGGAAAUACACAUUACCCCCUGGCGUUGACGUUGAGAAGGUUGUGUCAUCCCUGUCUCCUGAGGGCGUGCUGACUGUGGAAGUGCCUUUACCCAAGCUGGCAAUCCAGGCAGCUGAGGUCAACAUUCCUGUAACAGUGACCAAGCCCACCAUCGAGGAGAAGAAAUAGGUGCAUCGCAUUAAAACUGUCACAGUACUGCCCUCCAAACAGAAAUAAAUAUGGCAGUCAACAAAAGCAUACAGAAUACAUUAGUAGGAGUAUCUGUUUCAUAUAGUCAAAAGCACUACAGCAUGUUUUAAGCACUUUUUUAAUCUAACUUGUAAUUAAUCAAACUGACUCUCGCUUUUGACAUAGUUUACAUUUUUGUGUUCUCUUUGAAUGGUUUUUUUCUUGUAUUGUUUCUUAAAAUGGUAAAUAAAAGCCUGCCAAACUGGCCUCAGCCUUCCUA